CAUCACCUACCUAAACUUCAACCCCCACCAUCAGCUAAGAUCACAGCCUUGUCGCGAAGUGAAAGCUCAACCCCUCCAUCUACACUUCUUCUUCGUCUCCAACAACAACUUUCCCGCCUUCCCUCUCGAACUUGACUCGAUCGCUGCGGCGCAACCCUCACAUGGGGAACUCCUUCCGAUAAACGCUCCCUCAUCCUCCUACCCUCACUCUGCGCCAUCUUACCACGACCGAACCAAGCAUCUUCACCGUUCGAUCACCACUAGGAGCCUAAACCCGAGUAUCCUCCGUGGAACAGUUCGACCCUACCGGCCGAUGCUCGAGUAUCCCAACAACCCGCUUGACGACUCGAUUUCCAUAUCCUUAGAGAGCCUUGCCAACUAGCCACAAAUCCGACGCCCUCAAGAUGCCUCCACCAUCCGCUGCCCAACAGAAGGUUCUCAUCGCCCAGUUCGUAGCUCUGACUGGUCAAUCAGAGCGACAGGCUACCCGUUACCUCAAGAAUGCCGGGUUCAAGCUCAACGAAGCUGUCGAUACGUAAGUUACUGUCGUCUUUUUCUAUUCUUUAUGCUUGUCAUGAUACACAUCGCCUACGUCUAGACACUGGCACAAUGCUCCCUGGCACAUCCGAAUACGGAUAUGUCUAUGUUGAGCAGCUUCCGGCUAUUGUUUGCCCACUGUAUCCAUCCUGUCACUGUCGCCUGGCCCACUAUUGCCCGUCUCAUUUGCAAAGUAUGACCGACAAAGACGCCGAUAGUCUUAGACAAGGUUACUUGUAGAUCUGGUGCUGUUGAGGGGUCUUGAAUACGUUACCUUGAGGCCAUGUGGUGCUUAUGCUUUCAUCAAAUUCCCAGAUGAGAACCAUGGGAAUCUUGAAGUAGUUGGCACCCAUGAUAGGGCUUGUACAGACGCCUCUUACGUUGUUACAAAACUUUCAACACCUCCUAUUCUUCAGAGCCCUUGCCCAUUCGGCGCUUUGUGACCUUACUAUAGUCACUCAAGCACAGUCCGGCCAGCUAAGAAGAUGGGAUGGAAAAGUUUCAAGAAGCGCAUCAAGACCGGGGUUCCUAUCUUGUCCUCUACCAAGGAGGCCGGCAAAGAUACCUCUCGAUCGUCUCAUCAGACGGAAUCUGAACAAACACGAACGAAUUCUAAAUCUCGGUUCUUUUCAUCCAAUGGAGACACUAAAGGCCCAUCGCCUCUGGAAGUAUCGCUAGACAAGCUAUUUACUCAACUGCAAGACUCUAGCGAUGAAAAAGACAAACUGGAGCUCGACUCUACAAUGUCAUACCUCACUGAGAAGCUACAAGUCAACAUCGAAAACGCCGAGCUACUUGUUGCGCUUGAACUUCUCCAGGCUCCAUCUGUGGGCGUCAUUACCAGAAAAGGUUACGUUGAUGGCUGGAAAGUGACUGGAGCUGGAACGACACAUCAAGAGCAUGCCGCCCAUCUCCGAAAACUGACCAAAUCCCUAUCUUCUGACCCGACGCUAUUCAAGAAGGUUUAUAGACAUACCUUUGUUGCUGGUCGAGAUGGCGACCAGAAAGCACUGAACCUUGAGACUGCGCUCGUUUACUGGGACAUCCUAUUUGCCCCUCCAGGAAUGGAGUGGAAGACACCAAACCGCAACUGGUUGGAAUUGUGGAAGUCCUUCCUCAACGCCAAAUGGACUCGUUCGGUCAACAAGGACAUGUGGAACAUGACACUCGAGUUUGCCCUCAAGUCUUUAUCUGACGAGUCACUAUCAUUUUGGAAUGAGGAUGGCGCUUGGCCAAGUGUGAUUGACGACUUUGUGGAUUGGUGUCGUGAGCAGGGCAUUGGUAAGACCGAUGGCAUGGACGUUGACAACUAGGGAAGCGGCACACACAUCGGCUCACAACACGAAACGGAGCCCAUGGAAGACAUGGACUCCUGCAACUCCGGUUCCGAUAUCCACAUGCCACUGUAUACGGGCAGGGCACAUCGUUUAGGCGCCAACCGAACGCAUGGGAAGCGGGCUGCGUUUCGAGAAGGACGGCGUUAACCAAGAGCACCCGGACCAUCGGUGUGGUUGUAAUUGAUGACUUAUGAUAGACAUGCUGUAACAGAAUAGAACAGCUUCAUGUUACCAGUCCUUCUGUGUGAUUUUGUGUCCUGAACCCUCGGUGAG